CCUCCUCCAGCCGCCCCUGCCAUGUCGGAGGAACUGGCCUCGGGCCCCAAGGAGAGCCCGCCGGCGCCGCUGGCAGGCCCCCGCGAGGUGUGGAAGAAGGGCGGCCGGCUGCUGUCGGUGCUGCUGGCGGUGAACGUGCUGCUGCUCGCCUGCACGCUCAUCAGCGGCGGCGCCUUCAACAAGGUGGCGGUGUACGAGACGGACGUGUUCGCGCUGCUCGUGGCCAUGAUGCUCCUGGCCGCGCUCUGGGUCGGCUUCUACCUCCUAUGCACUGCGCGCUGUCCCGACGCCGUCCCCUACCGCGACUCCCACGCCGGUCCCAUCUGGCUCAGAGGCGGGCUGGUGCUGUUUGGGAUCUGCACUCUGGUCAUGGAUGUCUUCAAGACCGGCUACUACUCCAGUUUCUACGAGUGCCUGUCGGUCAUCAAGAUACUGCACCCGCUCACCCAGGCCGUGUUCGUCAUCAUCCAGACCUACUUCCUCUGGGUCUCGGCGAAGGACUGCACCCACGUGCACCUGGAUCUGACCCGGUGCGGCCUCAUGUUCACACUCACCACCAACCUGGCCAUCUGGAUGGCAGCCGUGGUGGACGAGUCCCUGCACCAGGCCAACUCCUACAGCAGCUCUCACGGCAACGCCAGCCACACGCGCCUCGUUCCCAACCUGGAGCGAGCGGGCGGCACGGCGGAGGGGGACUGUCCCUGCAGCACGGCCGUCUGCCAGAUCUUCCAGCAGGGCUACUUCUACCUCUACCCCUUCAACAUCGAGUACAGCCUCUUUGCCUCCACCAUGCUCUACGUCAUGUGGAAGAACGUGGGCAGGCUGCUGGCCCCCUCCAGCCACGGCCACGGCCACACCCCGUCCCGGGGCAGCCUCUUCCGGGACACCUUUUUCGCCGGCCCCGUGCUGGGCCUGAUUCUCUUCGUGGUGGGCUUGGCCGUCUUCAUCAUCUACGAGGUCCAGGUGAGUGGCGACGGAAGCCACACCCAGCAGGCGCUGGUCACCUACUACAGCUUCAACAUCGUCUGCCUGGGGCUCAUGACCUUGGUCAGCCUCAGUGGCUCUGUCAUCUACCGCUUUGACCGCCGGGCCAUGGACCACCACAAGAACCCCACGCGCACGCUGGACGUGGCCCUGCUGAUGGGCGCCGCCCUGGGCCAGUACGCCAUCUCCUACUACUCCAUCGUGGCCGUGGUGGUGGGCACGCCCCAGGACCUGCUGGCCGGGCUCAACCUCGCCCACGCUCUGCUCAUGAUCGCCCAGCACACCUUCCAGAACGUGUUCAUCAUCGAGAGCCUUCACCGGGGCCCACCGGUGGCCGAGCCUCGGGACACGCCCCCCAAGGAUUCCUGCCACGGCCUGACCUUCGCCAACCCGGAUGCGCUGCAGGCCUUGCCCGCCUGCCCGGCCACCCCGGAGCUGGUGGCCCCCAGCCACACGGCCCCUCAGGAAGCAGUGGCCGCCAUGCCGGCGCCCAAGAGCCACUGGAGACGCCGGUGCCUGAAGGACAUUUCUCUGUUUCUCCUGCUCUGCAACAUCAUCCUGUGGGUCAUGCCCGCCUUCGGGGCCCGGCCUCACUUCAGCAACACGGUGGAGGUGGACUUCUACGGCUACUCCCUGUGGGCGGCCAUCGUCAACAUCUGCCUGCCCUUCGGCAUCUUCUACCGCAUGCACGCUGUCUCCAGCCUGCUGGAGGUCUACGUGCUGUCCUGAAGCCCAGCCCGCACCCGCCGGCGCUCGGCUCCCCGCCGCCCGGGCGCCCGGGCGCCCAGCCUGGCAGUCCCGCUGCCUGUCACCGCGCCCUGCAGAGUGGGGUGUUCACAAAAGUUAUUUUUCCAGGAUGAGUUUUUAAAUCACAGUCAGGACCUGCCCAUCCAGCCCAGCGUGACCUCAGCCGCGCAGGGACGCGAGGGUGGGACAGGAGGCUUCUCCCUGCUGCCCUGCUGGGACCAGGGGUGAUCUGGACGUGUCUCAACGUGGGCUCCAGCUCGAACCCCAGCCCUGCGGCCUGGCCGGUGUCCUUCCUGGGGCUGGGACCCAAUAAACCUGCAGCUGU